AUGAGAGGCAAUUUGAAUAUUGAUAUUUCAAGAUCAAGUAGUUCUCAUUUUCUUAAUGACAUCGAACUUAAGAAACUGUUCCCAUUCACGCAGCAAUUACACAAUAGAUACUUAUAAUAAAAUAGGCUUUAGAAUAUCAAGGACGAUCUGACAAAUGUCCAACAACAAACUAUAACUUAUCAAAUAAAGGACUUGUUGAUCAAAGAUAAAACCAGAAGCAGAAAUAAUAUUGACGAUAUCAUUUAUCAGCAGACUACUCCACGAAGAUUGAGAUCGAAAGAGAGAACCAUCAGUGUGAACAAGAAAAACACUCAGGCCAUAAACUAUCAUGAUGCUUAGAAUGUUAAUUUACAUAACAAAAGUAUACGAAGAGAUAUUGUGCAAUUGGCUCAAUGGUUGGAAUUAAUGAUAUAGCAAGUCUAAUAAACUCAGAGCAAUUUAUCAUUUUAAGAAUACUACAAUAAAAUAGAAGUAAUAUUUAGUGGAUCAAUGUUAGAGUUACAGAGACAAUUGCAAUAAAAGGGGUUUGAAUUUGGGUAAUGUCUCAAAAAAAUUUGGGAUUCCUUUUUGAUAAAUGUGCAAUAUGUUGUGGAGGGAUUGAAUGGUAAGGCAAAUCAAAUUGAGUAGUAGAGUUUAGAUAAAAUCAAUAAAUUGCAUGAGUGGUACUAGGAAGCUAUGUAAAAACAACUAUGUCAGAUUCAACAAUAGAAAGAAGAAUUACUUUAAAUCCAAUAAAUGAAUCUAUAAAUGAAUAAGGAAAAUUAAUAUUUGAGAAAGAAGGACGUUAGAAGAGAAAAAUAAAUAAGAGAAUUAAUUUAUGACAAGGAUCAUUACCUAUUGGAAAUUAUCGAAUUGAAAUCAUCACAAAUCAAUUAUCCUCCAGAUUUAGAAUAAUGUCAACAAAAAAUUUAUGACUUCUUUAAAAAGUAAUGUGAAAAUCAUAUUAAAACCAUGGAAAUCUAGUAUAAGAAUUUGUAAGUGUAAGACUUUUACUUUGAUCAUACAUUGGACUUAGUGAUCAAAGAUAAGGGGUGUUAGGUUGUCGAUUUAGUAAGAACAAUUGAUAAAUGCAUAAGCACAUCCGAUAACUAAUUGAUUAAUGUUGCUACUUAGACUCACAAGUAGAAGCGAUAAAUUGAUGAGGAGAUUUAAGUGAAGGUUAAUUCUACUGACUAAGAAACACAAGUCAGUGUAUAUCAAAUCAAAAGGGAUAAACUAAUCAGGAAUCCUUAUGAAUAGAUGAUUUUAAAGAAUGCUUACCUUGAUUUGGAUGACAUCAUUGAUAAGUUCCAGCAAUUUUAUUUUCCAUAUUAGGAACUCCUAUCUAAUGAUCCACACUAUUUGAAUUUGAUUAAUAAUGAGAUGAAUCGUCAAGAAAAACAGAUAAAUCAAAUUGUAGAUACAUUAAAUAUAAGAAACGAAAUUGCCCUUAAUGAUUUAUCCAAAUUUAAGGAGUACUUAAGGUAGAUUAAUAGAGAGACCUUAUAAAAUUAUAUGUAAAUUUGGAAGAUAGUCCUAAAUCAAUAAUCAUCUGUGAUAGAUGCUACAAUUGAAAAACAAGAGUUACAAGUUGAAUUGGAUGAUAUCAAAUCGAUAUUUACUAAUAAUAUGCAAAUCAUCAAAUAAUUUUAGAUUAAAUAUGAGGAUGAUAGAAAAAUCUCAGAGUUCUAUUAAUAAUCUCUAGUACGAAUCAUACGAUAUGCUCCUUAAUUCAUCAUUAAUUAAAUUUAAUAGUAAGCCAAUCUACAUAAGGUCUUAGAUGGAGUUGAAUUCAAAGAAAUGAGGAAGAAAAACACCUUAGUUGACUCAAGAAUUUCUGUUAGUCCUUAAAGAGAAGAUAGUUCUCAAUUGUAUUCCAAGCAGUCUCCUAUCAGAGCAAGCCAAGUGUCUUUUCAAUCCCAAUUGUAAAUAAAUUCCAUGAAAUAAAUUACCAACAAUAACAAAACAUUGAAAGCUCAAAAGUCAUUUGAAAUAGAAGUCGAUAUGCCCAAAGGUUUGAGAGACAUUGACGAAGAAUCGUAUAGGAGUGUAUCAGAGGAUGAAGAUUAAUUAGAGAAAGAUGAAAAUGCAUUUUCCUUAUUAAGAUUUGACUUUUAGACCCAAAAACCGUAGUUAACAUUGGAGAAGAAGCUAAGAAUAAACACUUGCCCUUUGAAAUCCGCAUAACAUUCAACUGCAGUUCUUAAACAAAUACUCAGGAAGUUUAAUAAAAGCAACAUGAAUGGUCUAUAUACAAUUGGGACUCUGUUAUAGCAUUACACAGAAUUAGUAUAACGACAAUUGCCCAACAAUACAAAUACACCUUUGCAUGUUCAUCUUUACGAGCACAUCACUUUUCGAUUUGGAUAGUCAUAGUUAAGCGAUUGCAACCGAUAUAAGAGGAUGAUAAAGAGUUUUUUAUAUUAUGAACAUCGACACUCAACUUGUAAGAUUGUUGUACGUUUCCUUAAGGCCGAAUUGGAUGUCUAAGACUUCAACACGUACUUAUAAAUAUUAGAGAUCUGUAAAGAAUAUCCUAGUUUGAUAUUCAGUAAUUUCAUUUAAGCUCUUCAAGAAUGGCUUACUUAAAAUCAUUAUACAGAAGAGGAGAUGGAAGUAAUAACUAAUGAGUUAUAUUAAUCUGAUCUAGCUUAUUUAAAAAAUAACCCAUCUCCAACAGAAUUCGAUUUAAUAAUGGACCAAUUCUUAACAAUAUUCAGUAAAUUCAAAAACAGAACUUCGUAUAAAUAUAAAUUCCUAUUUGAAUCUAUUGAUACAUCAAAUAAGGGUAACAUCAACUUCUAGCAAUGGAAUUUCAUUUAUGAAACUCUAAUUCAAGUAAAUUAUUCAUUUAGUCUGAAAUUGUUUUAUUCUGAAGCUGAUUAUCAUGACAAUUAGAAGUUAAUGUCAAAACAGAGAUUUACCUUGGUGAGUGAUGAACUGUAGAUCUUCUAAUCAGAUUAAUAAGAGAGAUUGUUGGAUCAUCAAAGUCUUGAUGAUAUUGUAGUUGAAUUGAAAGAGAAAUGGGCCAACAACAAAAUUUAAAUGAAGAUUUGUUUCAUCAAAUCUAAUAGAUAUGAUAAAUUUAUUAAAUCCUUGUUUCAAUAUGUGGAUAGGUGUUUACUCAAUAAACAAAAUUGGGAAUCCUGUUGUUAUACCUAUAAAUUACUUUAGAAAACUUACAAAGUUUAUUAUCUAGAUCAAUAAGUCUAGGGUAUGCUCAAUUCUCCACUCCAAGCAAUUAGUCUGAAGUUUAGAUAAAUUUAAGAAAAGAUGUUAAGUUUCUGA